AUGUUGUCAAGAACAGUUCUAUCGGGGAUUGUGGCCGUGCUGGUCGGCAGUGUUGUGGACGCACACACGGCCAUCAAGUAUCCUGGAUCACGAGGCGACAACUUUGGAAAGAAUGGAACCGUGGCAGAGAGCGACGGCCUGGGCAUCUUCACCAGUGGCAACGACUCGGAUCCGAUAUUUCCCUACGGCAUGACAUUCAUCUAUCCAUGUGGUGGCCUUCCCACAUCGACGAAUCGCACACUCUGGCCCCUGAACGGGCCGGUGCCGCUGAUCCUGGAGCCGGGCCACCAGGCCAACCACGACUGGGGCAUGAUCUGGGUCAACAUUGGGCUGGGCACGAUCCCGACCAACUUCACCACGCAGAUGAUGCACGAGUUCUCGUUCACUUUCCCCUCGGACGGCGUGUACGACAAUCAGAUCUGCCUCCCCGAGGUGACACUGCCCUCGGCGGUCCGCAAUUUGGUUAGCUCCGGCCAGGUCAAGGCCGGGGACAACGCGACUAUCCAGGUCGUGGAGAGCGCAAAGCACGGAGGUGCGCUGUACAGUUGCAUCGACAUCACCUUCACAGCUGCCACUUACCCAUCGGUCGAAGUCCCCGACGUCACGACAAAGGGUCUUCAGUGCACAAACGACACAAACUUCCAGUUCGGCAACGUGACAUAUGGGCAAUGGAGCGCCGAGUGGAGCGGAGACGGAUAUUCCAAGGACCAGUCCCUUGCGCUGGGUCUCGGACUGGGCCUUCCGCUUAUUGCUAUCGUGCUGGUGCUGGGCUACUUCCUGUGGAGAAGCAGGCGGCUGAACAAGCGCUAUGAGGCUGCAGGGCUGGCGGUGGGGAUUAAGGCGUGA